AUGCCUCUCGGCGAGUGUCAUUUAUACGAUAACCACCACGCCUUCACCACCGCCCUCCUCCACAUCCUCGCCCGCACCCACGCCUACCAAACCACCUCCCCCCUCCCCACCGCCCUCGACGCCGCAACCCACGCCGUCACCCUCCUCGAGAACUGCCCUCUCUUCAACUCCGGCCACGGCGCGGUGUUCACCCGCGAUGGGACUAAUGAACUCGAGGCUUCGGUUAUGGUGUCGAGGGGGCUGAAGAAGAGGGGUGUUGGGGUUAUGGGGUUGAGUAGGGUGAGGAACCCCGUGGAGCUUGCGCGGCAAAUGCUGUUACGCGGGGAGACGGACUUAGAUUCCGGGAACGGGGAGCACCGCGGCCCUAUGAUCGCCGACGAAGAGGGGGUGCUGAUGAACGCCAGCGGGGCACAAGGGCACUCCCAACUCUUCGGCCCAGGCGCCGAGCGCCUCGCCAAAGAAUGGGGCGUCGAUCUCGUGGAGCCCUCGUUUUUCUUCACACAGAAGCGGUGGGAUGAACAUGUUACCGGCCUGGAGUGGGAGAAGCAAGGCGGAUGUGCGACGUGGGAUGCGGAUGUGUUUGUGAGCCAGGGGACGUGUGGGGCGGUGGCGCUGGAUGCGGAGGGGGUGGUUUGUGCGGCGACGAGUACGGGGGGGAUGACGAAUAAACUUGCGGGGAGGGUGGGGGAUACGCCGACGUUGGGGGCGGGGUUUUGGGCGGAGGAGUGGGAGGGGUUGUUAGAGGGGAGGGGGCGGUGGUGGAGGUGGAGGGGGCGUUGA